CGGGAUUCGGGUCCAGCGCAUGCGUGUUGGUUAACAGUCAGGCGCGAAGUUGUGUUGUCCGAUUGCAUGAGGUAAAACAAACUGGAAAACUAUUGAAGCACUGAGGCAGAAUUUUCUUGACGCAUAUCACAAUUAACUAAUUAAGAUGGCAUCAUCAGCUUCUGAAUACACGAUUGGUGGAGUGAAAAUCCUUUUUCCAUGCAAGGCGUACCCAUCUCAGCUCGCUAUGAUGAAUUCAAUUGUACGAGGUUUGAACUGCCAACAGCACUGUCUAUUAGAGAGUCCAACUGGAAGUGGAAAAAGUCUUGCAUUGCUUUGCUCCACAUUGGCCUGGCAGCAAUCUCAGUAUGACAAAUCUGGAGAUGAAAGUUGUUCAAGUAGUUGUAAAAAACAAGAAAAAUUGCCCGUGUGUAACUGUACCUGUCACACAGCAAGAAUGCCUUCUGCUGCAGUCACAGAAACAAACCAGACCAAUUCCGCUGUUGCAGAAAACGGAAAAUCCUCACCAAGUUCAAACCAAGAUGUUGCAUGUAGCCCUAAGGAUACGUUAGCCUCCAAACUGCGUGCCAUGAUGAAAACACCUUUAAGCGAAGCCGAUGAUGAUUUUCAAACACAGAGGAAACGGAUCCGUAUGCCUUUAAAUGACCCACAGGCACGAAAGCGGAGGUGUAUUGAGAAGGGAGUACAUUUUAUUGAUGAUAAAACUACUUCGGAUGAAGACAAUACUAGAUCAAGGUCAUGCAAAGUGAAUGUCAAUACUGAAGCCCAUCAUGUUCCACCUGCCCAAGAAUCAACAACGCCUAGUCCUUGUACCUUGUGUACUUGCAUUAGUUCAAACACAAGUGGAAAAGAUGAAGAUGAUACAAAAGGGAAGAAUAAUGGGAAAACACAAGUCCCCAAGAUAUUUUUUGGGACUCGUACACACAAGCAAAUAACACAAAUCAUUCGUGAACUGCGUCGCACUAAUUAUUCAUAUGUUCGAAUGACCAUCCUAUCCAGCAGAGAUCACACCUGUGUCCAUCCUGAGGUCUCGGGUACCUGCAACAGGAAUGAGAAGUGCAAGGAUCUACUGGAAGGAAAAGAUGGGAAAUCAUGUCGUUACUAUCAUGGCGUCCAUAAAAUGAAUGAACAGAAAACUUUACAGUGGAUUCAUGGUAUGCAUUUGGCUUGGGACAUUGAAGAGUUGGUGAGCCUUGGAAAGAAGCUUCGUUCAUGCCCAUACUUUGUAUCUCGUGAGUUGAUGCAAGAGGCAGACAUUGUAUUCUGUCCAUACAACUAUCUAAUGGACCCACAGAUAAGGGAGAGUAUGAAGAUCAAUUUGAAAGAUCAAAUUGUUAUCUUUGAUGAAGCACAUAAUAUUGAAGACUGUGCACGGGAGUCAUCUAGCUUUAGUGUCACAGAGAAACAGCUGUUAUUUGCUCGAGAAGAACUGGAUUGCAUGGUCAACCAAAAUAUCAAGAGAAAUGAUCAUGAUGCACUGCGUACAGUCUGCUAUAGUUUUACCAACUGGCUAAAGGAGUGUUCUGGGAAUCUGGUGGAAAAGGAAUAUGAAACAUCUUGCAGGGUCUGGAACGGGAAGGAAAUGCUAAAUGUUUUUCAUAAAUGGGGAUUAACCGGUGCUACAUUUUCCAUUUUACAGAAGCACCUGGAUGCUGUACUGGAGAAAGAAGAAAAGGUAGUUAUGAUGAAUGGACAGCAGGAGUCAGUAACAAUCCCAACUGUAAGUCCACCAACACAGAUGAUGCUGAAAGGACUUUUCAUGGUGCUUGAUUUUCUCUUCAGGGACAGCAAUAGAUUUAUAGAUGACUAUAGGGUGGCAGUGCAGCAGACUUACACAUGGACCAAUCAGCCAGAUAUUCCUGAUGAAAAUGGUUUCUUUGCACGCCCUCGAUAUAGGAGAGGCUCACGGAAAAAGAUAGCUGUGCUGACCCUGAGCUUUUGGUGUUUAAAUCCAGCAGUGGCAUUUUCAGAUCUCAGUAGCGUCAGGACAAUUGUCCUAACAUCGGGAACAUUGUCCCCAAUGGAGUCAUUCUCUUCAGAGCUGGGUGUAAAAUUCAGUAUUCAGCUGGAGGCUAAUCAUGUCAUUGACAACUCUCAGGUAUGGGUAGGAACAGUUGGAACAGGACCAAAUGGACGAAAACUCUGUGCCACUUUCCAACACACAGAGACAUUUGGGUUUCAGGAUGAAGCUGGAGAAAUGCUGCUGAAGAUUUGUCAAGUUGUUACUCAGGGUGUACUCUGCUUUCUACCUUCAUACAAGAUGCUGGACAAGCUGCAGAAUCGUUGGAUGCUCACAGGUUUAUGGGAAAAACUGGAGGAGAUCAAAGCCAUUAUUGUUGAGCCAAAAGGGGGUGACAAAAGUGACUUUGAUACAUUGAUGCAGUUCUACUAUAAGGUCAUAAAGGAUAAAGAAAGCAAAGGUGGAGCUCUCUUGGUAGCUGUUUGCAGGGGAAAAGUCAGUGAAGGACUUGAUUUCACUGAUGAUAAUGCCCGUGCCGUGGUUACAAUAGGCAUUCCUUUUCCAAAUGUCAAAGACCUCCAGGUUGAACUAAAACGGAAAUAUAAUGACCAGCAUUCGCGAACACGUGGUUUGCUUCCUGGUAGUCAGUGGUAUGAAAUUCAGGCAUUUCGAGCACUGAAUCAAGCCCUGGGCAGGUGUAUUCGACAUAGGAAUGACUGGGGAGCACUGAUCCUAGUUGAUGACAGAUUUGGAAAUAACACCAAAAGAUAUAUAACUGGUUUGUCAAAGUGGAUCCGUCAGCAAGUACAACACCAUUCAAAUUUCAACAAUGCAUUGGAUUCAUUAUGCACGUUUGCCAAUGAUCACCAGAAGGAUGUUGAUCAUUUACCCAAGAUCUGCAAAAGAGUAGACGUACACACCAAUAAUAAAGACGAUCAAUCACAGAUCAUCAGCCCACAACCCUUGGAAAAUGAUAAUCUGACAUGCAAUGCACCAAAUGCUACGACAGAAAGCCAGAAAACUAAUCCUAAUGUCAACCUUAUACCUCCCUACUGUGAUACUAGUAAAAUGAGCACUACAGAAAUGCCUGAUAACAAAGAAACACACUCUACAACCAUAACUACCAAGACUCCGCUCUUCAAAAAUACCAGUAUCAUGGAGAAAAAUUCUAAAAAUGAUGACAGUAAAGACAAGCAAGGAUCUAUCAUGCAGUAUUUUAAAAAAAGGCCUCUGACAUCAACACCAAUCCGAACACCAUUGAUACAGUCACAGAUUGCACCUGUUCAGUUGGGGCAAGAUGAUUAUGCGAAGAACAUUAGACACACAGAGCAAAAAACAGAAAUGACUUCAUUUCAGUUUGAGAAUGUGUUAUCGAAAGACGCUUCUACAUCAAUAAGCAUCAGAGAGGAUUUAUUAUUAAAUAUGGUAAAACAUGAAUUACAGGAUAAUAGAGAAAAACAAACUGCUUAUGACAGUGCAGGAAAUUCUUAUAACAGCUCCAUGGCUGGAUCACCCUUCCCUGUUGUGGGGUUGUUAAACAAGGAUGAUGUAGAGGUAAUGGGAACACCAUCCUUACUAGAUACUAAUAUGCAACAGCAGGUAGAAGAAGAUGAUGUUAACGAAGAUGAGACAUGGUAUUUUACCCCUGAACUUUUUGACAAGGAUCCAGAGGAUAAACGUUUCAAAACAGCAGAGAGGGAUAAUUCACCAGAUAUUGCUAAAGAUGACGAUAUCUGUGAUUUUCCUGCUGUACCUGUGAACAAAGGUUCUGAAUCUGUGAAAAUACUGCAGAAUAUAAAUCGAGAUCCACUCUACUUUGAUGGGCUGACAAAAUAUAAUGAAAAUAAAAUGCACUGUGGCUUUGAACAGAGUGAAAAUAAUCUCACCAGUUUGUGUUCCAACUUAGUAGUGAAAGACAAAAUUGUGCCUAAGUUAACAACACUGAUAGAUGAGGAGGAGGAUGGCGCCAUUAAAGGACUUCAGCACUUUGGUGAGCUGGCAAAGACUGACAAAGUAACAAGGAACAGAAAUCAUAGACUGUCCAGAUCUAGAAAUAAAGGUAUAAGCUUAAUAAGUGAUAAUGUCUGUGCACAAGACCUCAGCUUCCCUGCAGACAAUAACUAAUAUCAAACUGAUAUCUGUAUUAUUCUAUCGAAUUGACUCAUUCUGAUUUAACAAUAUGUGUUUAGCAAUAAGCCAAGCUAUUUAAUAUGCUCUCUUCUUCUGUAGUUUUUCGUUUAGGUUUUGUUUCUGAUGAGGAGUGUUCAUGUUGGGGAAUUGAACAUCUUGUGUAGCAUCAGGUAUAGAAAUGGGAGAGGAGGAACAUUUCCACUUAAUUCUAGCAAUAUGCUACAGUCCAAAUUUUUGAAGUGAAUUUUCUGCGCUUUAAUUUUAAUUUUUUUGUUUGCUACUUUAUAUGAAUCUCACUAUGCAUAUGAGGAUCAAUUAAUCUCAAAUUUAAUGUGAUUUUAUGCCAUGGACCAAUGCCAACUAUGAACUGAGAUUCCUGUAACUCGUUUCACAUUGCACUUGCAGAGAUACUAAGCAAAAGGAUUAGGUAGAUAUAAAUCCAAGCUAUAUAAGAACAAUAGAUUUAAGUGCCUUUUAAAUGAAAAUUAAUCGUAGCGGAAUUACGUUAGAUUCUAUUAUGCUUUUGUUACAAUGUGAUGUUACUUAAGUUAGUGAGUAACAUCCCAAUGUGCUGAAGACAUCUGGUGGCCGUUAUAUAAUAUUAUGUAGUUGUGCAAAGCAUGUUUACUAAGAAAUUGUGUUAGUAAGUUAUUCAUCUGUGGGCUAGAGAUGUGGAAAUUAAACCUUAAACUAUCCACUGACUGAAGUAGACAACUGAUAAUUAGAUUUAAUCAAAGCAAGUAAACUUUGUCUUUUACACUACAGUAGGUGGAAAUAAUGUUAACGUUUAUUCUUAACCCAUCCUAAUGCCAAAGUUAUUGGCAAUGAGCAUUGGCAAAUACUGGCUAGACUCUAAUUUGCAAUAACAUUUUUGAACAAUUUUUAAUGAACUGUAUUACUGUCAUUUUGUUUUGGCACAUUUGUGGGGACUUUUUUUUCGCAGAACUGAAUGACACCAGAGUCUUUGACAUUAAUAAUCCAUAGUUUAUGUAGCUGUAUUCUUUAAAGGCUAAGUGUUUUCAUGGAAUAGCCUACUUCUGUGUAUGCUGUUCCAUAAAUAGUUUAAUUUUAAAAUAACUUAAAUGUUAGUUAGGAAGCAAAAAUCUUUGUGAACCUAACAUUGGGCCCUAUAUCAUGUGCUCUGGUCCUCUUAGAAUCGCGUUAAUCUUGAAAGUCAGUGAAGUAGAAAUUAGUUUUGGGCGGAGGCACAAACAUAAAAUUGGAUCACUGACUGAUUUAGAUUCAAUGGAACUGAAUAUGUAUGUGAUAAACUGCUAAAUGAUAUCCUCCACUUUGCAACACUACCCAACAACCUUCCAAAUUACAAUCUGUUCCUAUAUCGUUACGUAGAUUUUAAAAAUAAUUUCUUAGCUGUGUUAGAUAUAAUUUCUGUUAAUGAUUUCGCUGAUUUUCAUUUUUAAUAAUGAACCUAUACAACCUGAAAUAUAGAUCUCUAGGUGCCAUGUAAUGAAUCAUAUUAAGGGCAGAAUGAAAAAGAGAGUAGAACUUUCCCACAGAAUGUCUGUCUUCCUCUUUCAUGAGAUUGUUACUUCAUAUGUAAGGAGUGUAAUUUGGAGGUCCGGAGAAGCUGCUUUUCACAGUCAAGUAACUGUGACACAUUUGUAUCAGAAGCUGUAAGUUAAAUUCUCUUUGUAAAAAUAAAAUAUUUCAGUUGGCCAUUAAAGAAAAUUUGUUAAACUUACUUGUUUUAAUU